CCACUUCAGCGCUGUGGGCACUGCUGUCAAGGAGGAUGCCCUGGAGCUGCUGAUGCAAGUGGUGUCCCAUCAUUCCGAUGAGCUUCCUGCCAUCUUGGGUGAUGCUGAACUGAGCCGCGCGGACCGCGCUGCUCACCUCAACGCUCUCAAGAUGAACUGCUAUUUGCUGACGGGCCUGGUGGACGCCUUUGAAAUGCAAACCUGCAAGAGUGGUUUGGAGGUGGAUCCUAGUGGGAAGAACAAGAAGAACCGUACCAAGAUCUCUGGAUUCUUGUGGGAAGAGGAGAGGCAGACGCUCUUACAGCUACUCACACGGCUGCUGCAGCUGGAUCUCCGUCAGCUUUGGGGUGGUUUGGUGGUGGAAGAAGAGUUUAUCAACUUAAUGACAGGAAGCUGCUACCGUAUCCUGGAGAAUUCAAGUAUCGGUCUUCAGAAGUACCGGGCCACACGGGAGGCUGUGGCACAUCUGCUCGCCGCAGCUCUGAUUCACCAUAAUCACAUGUUCAGUGCCACUCUGAAGAUCACACAGAUGCUGCAGCACUUUGAACAUGUAGCUCCAGUGUUUGCGCAGGCUGUGAGCCUCUGGGUUAGAGAGUAUGGUCUGAAAAGCCUGGUGGGCGAACUGCUACGGGAAAUUGGACAGAAAUCUCCACAGGAUCUGGCUCUUGAUGCUUCUGGAGUCAAGGGUUAUGCUACCUUCAUAACUGAACUAGCUGAACAGGUUCCGGCUCUGAUGCUGUCCAACAUAAGCAUUCUCCUGUGUCACUUGGAUGGGGAGAGUUACGUGAUGCGAAAUGCCAUUCUGGCGGCUAUGGCAGAGGUGCUGGUGCAGGUGCUGAAUGGUGACCAGCUGGAGGAAUCUGCCCGAGGUACUAGGGACCAGUUCCUGAACAUGCUGCAGGCCCACGUCUGCGACAUCAAUAGUUUUGUGCGCAGCCGCGUGCUGCAGCUUUUCACUCGCAUCGUUCAGUGCAAGGCCCUGCCUUUGACUCAGUUCCAGUCUGUGGUAUCGCUGGCUAUCGGGCGUCUCAAGGACAAAUCUGUGGUGGUAGUUAAAAAUGCGAUCCAGCUCCUGGCUGCGUUUUUGUCCAACAAUCCCUUCUCCUGCAAGUUAAGCUGUACCGACUUGGCCGAGCCACUGAAGAAAGAGGUGCAGAAAUUGCAGGAAAUGAGGGACCGUGGCAGAUCCACAUCAGUUCCAAAGAUCACUCCAGAGGAAGAGUGGGAAGUGAUGCUGCCAGAAAUUAGGGCUGCCACACAACAGCUCUUUGAGCCGGAAGAGGAGGCGCUGGAAGUUGAGGAAACAGUGGAGGGUGCAUCAGAGCAAAUCACUAGGCUGCUGAGGAAGCUGAAUUACAGGAGUGCAGCCCGCCUUACGCAGCAGGCCCUGUGUCGCUUCCGGGGGAAGGAGCCCUUCAGCAGCCCCACGGAGGAAGACGAGGAGGCGACAGUCCUGGGUGUCAUGAAGAGACUUUACACAGGUUCUUACCCAGGUGAGAACAGCGAGGACCCUCCGCAUGGCAGCGGUAGUCUGGUGGCUGGAGAAGUGCCGGAAGAGCAGCCUCAAACAGAGCUGGUCAAACAGGAGAUGUUGGUGCAGUACCUGCAAGACGCUUACGACUUCUCAGUGAAAAUCACGGAAGCCCUGAGCGUGAUCAGCAAGAUGAUGUACACAGACUGUGUCUCAGUGGUGCAGGAAACCAUUCAGUUCUUCGUGACAGUCUCAAAGUUUGGUGUGCCCCAGGCACUGCUCGGAGUCCGCAAGAUGCUCCCCCUCAUAUGGUCAAAAGAGCCUGGUAUUAAGGAGGCCGUGCUGAACGCCUACAGGCAGCUCUACCUGAGCCCCAGCAGGGAUUCAGAGAGGGCCAGGGCGCAGGGCCUGGUGCGUUCUCUCUCUCUCAUCAUGGUGGAUGCAUCGCUAGGAACGAUACAGUGCUUAGAAGAAAUGAUCUCAGAGUUUGUGCAGAAAGACGAAAUAAAGCCUGCCGUGAUCCAGCUGCUUUGGGAACAAUUCACAGAAAAAUCUCGGUGCUCGUCCCUAGAACGACGCGCGGCUGUGAUGCUGCUGGGGAUGAUGGCACGGGGGAAGCCCGAGAUCAUAGGCAGCAACCUGAAUGUCUUGGUGACAGUGGGGCUGUCCGAGAAGGCGUGUGAAGACUAUCGCCUGGCUCAAGAAGUAUGCAGUGCCAUCUCCAAACUUACCAGUAACCCUAAGCCAGCUCUGGGGAAGAACAACGCACCUUUUCGACUGCCGCAGAACCACAUGCUCUUCGAGUGCCUGAGCGAGACUGUCAGCAAAGGCUUUGCCCAGCCCAGUGCCUACUGGAUCCCCUUCAUGGAGGCAGCAGUAGCGCUCAUCUACCAGCUGGCAGAAGGAGCAGAGGAGAUAUGUGCUCGCAUCCUGCAGGCGUGCAGUCAGCAAGCUCUGGAGAAGCUGCAGGAGGCUGGUGGGCAGAAGGACGAUCCAGGGGUUUCUCCCAAUAGAGUCUCCGAUGGUGCUAGCAGUCUCCAAGUGUCCCUUGUGGGACAGGUGGCACUGCAGGAGGUCACGCAUUUGGAAGUGUCGGUAAGCGCAGAGCUGCGCAGGCGCCGCGUCCUCAAAGAGGAGAAGACCAAGAAGCAUUCUGACAGCAGCAAGAAGCAGCAGAAACGCCAGAGCACAGGAAACGAGACCACUCUGGAGGAGGAGCUGGGCCUCGUGGGAGCCUCAGCUGACGACACCGAGGCUGAGCUGAUCCGCAGUAUUUGUGAGAGAGAACUUCUCGAUGAGAAGCACCUGUUCUCUGCCUUCAUUCCGCUGGUGCUCAAGAUCUGCAACAACCCUGGGCUCUACAGUGAUUCGGCGCUCUCGGCAGCUGCGGCCCUGACUCUUGGCAAAAUCUGCAUGGUCAGCUCCGAGUUCUGUGACUCCCACUUGCGCCUGCUGUUCACCAUGAUGGAGAAUUCCGCUCUGCCUGGUGUGAGAUCCAACCUCAUUUUGGCAGCGGGAGAUCUGGCCAUCCGUUUCCCCAACGUGGUGGAGCCUUGGACGUCGCAUCUCUAUGCUAGGUUGCGGGACCCCAGCCCACACGUGCGGCAGACAGCUGGACUGGUGAUGACCCACCUCAUCCUUAAGGACAUGGUAAAGGUGAAGGGCCAAGCAAGCGAAAUAGCAACUCUCCUUAUAGACCCAGAGGAGGCAAUCAUGGGAGUGGCUCAGAACUUCUUCAGUGAACUCUCCAAGAAGGAUAAUGCCAUCUAUAAUCUGCUUCCAGACAUAAUCAGUCACCUCUCGGAUCCUAACUGCGGCGUAGAGGAGGAAUCCUUCCACACUAUUAUGAGAUAUCUCUUCUCAUAUAUUACGAAAGACAAACAGACAGAGAGCCUGGUGGAAAAACUCUGUCAGCGAUUCCGGAUUGCCAGAACCGAGCGUCAGUAUCGGGAUCUGUCCCACUGCCUUACUCUGCUUCCCGUCUCGGAACGGGGCCUUCACAAGCUGCAGGACAACUUUGACUGCUUUGCCGACAAGCUCCAAGACCCAGCUAUCUACCGUUGCUUCCAAACUGUGCUGGCUCGAUUCCGCAGAGCAGGCGGCAAACCUGAGGCUAAAGCUUUGGCUGAAGAGCUGGAGCACAAGCUGCAUGCCUGCCAUAACCGAGGGCUGGAUUCAGCAGAGCCAUGCCAGGACAGCAGCGCGAAUCCAAUGCCAGAGCCGGCCAAGCGGAAACCAGCAAGAAGUUUGGCCCUGUUUUUCUUGGCAGGUUCCCACCGUCAGCCCCUGAGCUCAGCCAACAGGGAUGAAGACUUCGUCACGCCCCGGCCGCGCAACCUCCGAAACCAAAAGUGUGCCCAGAAGCGCCUCCGUGCAGAAAAGCGAUUAUCGCCUUCUCCAGCGACGAGGAGAACAGCUCUGAGGACG